CUGAAUGAAAAAAAAAAAAAACUUCAGAGCAUCUCCUUAAAUUCAUUUCUCAGGAUUGUAUCCAGGUACCUGCUUUAAGAAAUAUCUAACAGGUGCUAUGUGAGGUGACCAGCAGCAUUUGAUUUAUAAUUGUAUUAUUGCAACCGUCAGGUUAAAGGAAAAAUCUAAAAUAUACUAGAGCUAUUGGUAAGCUAAGCCAUUGGCUCAGUUGAAGGGGAAGUCUUUCCUCUGCAAAAUAGUCAACAAAUUGCAACAAACUGAAGCACUCCAGCCUAAACAGAGAGGAAUGUUCAAGGAGACAGGGAAAUGUGUGUUUGAGAAAUGGAGCAUAGAAACUGUGUUUGCACUGAAGAUCAUGAUUUUAGAAGGAACUGGCAGAAUGAGUCUUAAUUCCGUCACAAGUCUUCUUCAUGAACAGUCGACCUGGACAGAAGGAUAUCCCACAUGUAAUGCAUCAAGCAAUUUUUUUGGAACACAGUGGCAUGAAAUACAUCCUCAGUACUGGACAAAGUAUCAGGUCUGGGAAUGGCUCCAACAUCUUUUGGACACCAACCAGCUUGAUGCCAACUGUAUCCCAUUCCAGGAAUUUGACAUCAGUGGGGAUCAUCUGUGUAGCAUGACUUUGCAUGAUUUUACCCGGGCAGCUGGUUCUGCUGGACAACUUCUUUACAGCAACCUCCAUCAUCUAAAGUGGAAUGCUCAGUGUGGAAGUGAAGUGUAUCCAUCACACAAUGUCAUUGUUAAGACAGAACAAACAGAUCCAUCUUUAAUGACCUCUUGGAAAGAAGACAAUUAUUUCUAUGAUAGUGGAUAUGGUGGCACAGUAGAAUUAGUGGACAGCAAAGCUUACUGUCGAGCACAGCUUUCUGUCAGCACUGGUGGUCACCAACCUAUAGAGGAGUCUUCAGAAGGGAAGAAAAUUUCACAAGAUCACCCUCCAAAAUCACACAACAAGAAACACACUCCUCGAGGAACUCACUUGUGGGAGUUUAUCAGAGACAUUCUCCUUCAUCCAGAGAAGAAUCCUGGGUUGAUAAAAUGGGAGGAUAGGUCAGAAGGCAUCUUCCGAUUCUUAAAAUCUGAGGCAGUGGCUCAGCUAUGGGGAAAGAAGAAGAACAACAGUAGCAUGACUUACGAGAAACUCAGCCGUGCCAUGAGAUACUAUUAUAAAAGAGAAAUUCUUGAGCGUGUAGAUGGACGGAGACUGGUAUAUAAAUUUGGGAAGAAUGCCCGUGGCUGGAGAGAAAAUGAAAACUAAACACAACUUUAAAAACAGCUGUAGAAAUAUUCACUCGCAGGAAAUCCUAUUGGAUGUAAAUAUUCUAAAGACUGUUUUCUUCUAUUUAUGUACAAAAAUUGGGGUCUGCAGAAAUUACGUCUAAUGGGAAGAAGGAACACUAUUGUUUGUUGAUGUUAUAACUAUUUUAUUUGAAAUAUGUCCUUUUAUGGAGAGUAUGUACACAGUUUUCUGUGACCUAUGAUAACACUUUAUGUAAAUGUAUAAGGAUGAGUUGCCUUUCUUGUAAAGAUUUUACAGAAAAUGAAUUCCAAAAGAAAUGUGAUUUAGCAUAAUGCUGUGAGAGGCAUUUGCUAUAGUGGGAGAAAAUCACAGGGCAUUACUUUAUACUUAGGUAUAUUACUGCAUUUUAGAUAACUAAGGAUUUAGAGUAUCUGUCUCAGAAUUUUAUGAGAUAGGUUUUUCCAUUCAAAAUAUACAUCUUUUUUCAAAGGCUGUUGAGUAGUGAGACAUCAAUGGUUAAUUAAACCAAAGGCUGUUGAGUUAUGACUUCAUUUUUUUCUUUGGGUUUUUUUUUUUUUUGCCCUUCUUCUAUCUAGACAAUAUUAAUGUGGCUAUUUAAAAGGCCUGGACCUUUUUGUAGUCCUCCAUUUAAAGUUGGAUUUAUCAACUCAUUCCAUGCCCAAAUAAUUCUCUUUUGAAAUAAAUCCUAGAACAUGAAGAAUUAUGAAUAAAAACAGUGGAUGCUUUAUUUGUAGACCUCAAUAACUUUAGUUGAGCUUCGUAACCAACCUUGAAUGCUUGUGACUCAAAUCACAAAAUUUUAUGUGUCAGCAGCAUAAAACUGCCUUUCCUAACCUGGAAUCAUCCAAGUUUUGGAACUACAAACAAUUGUGCAAACUGGACAUUCUGACAACUUAAUUCUAGUUCAUCUGCCAUGUUGAAGAAUGCUAUCUCUAGUGUAUCAAGGAUAAUCAAAGUGACAAAACCUUCCUUAAAAAAAAAUCAACUGUAUGUCUAUAAAGACUGGCAGCAAAUAUCCACAUUUCUGACAGGAGUAAUUUUUGGUUCUAUCUGAUCAAACUGAACUUGAGAUUUUAUGUAUCCAAAGCAUUUGCUUAGUCACCGACCUAAUAUAUGUUUGGAUAUGAACAUAGAAGUCUGUGUGAUAAUGAAGUUGUACUUUGAUAUUAAGGUUUUUUUCAUUACAUAAACCAAGUCCCUCCAUUCAGAAUGCUAAUAAUUUAAGGUUCUGUUUCAGUCUUUCUUCCCUUUCUCCCAGAUGCCUAGUUUUUAUUUCCUGGGAUGGGAUGGCACGGAAGAAUAUUUCGUCAUGUAAGUUCCUUCAUGUAAGUUAAAAUGAUUCAGUAUAAGCACUACCAGCCCAAGAAAUACAAUUAAAAAUGACUUCUUUAAGCUCAUUAAAUUUCAGUUGUGAGACUGGAUCCAAACCGUCUGAAAUUAAAGUUUCUGUGUUCAAUACCAGUUGAGUAUUUUUCAUAAAUAUAUCAAAAUCACUUGUAGAAUAGAGCUUGUGCUUUUUGCUAAUAAACAUUGGUAGCUGCCGUUUGAUGAAAAAUACUCCUAAACAAGGCAGAUAAAAAACACCUUUGCAGCCGUAAUUCGUGCCAAAACUUUUAGCUAGCACACAUCCAUUAUAGCUAUGUUAUAUUUGAACUUUGCUUAAGAUGAGUGGAGGCAGUUAAUCUUAUUUAUAGGAGAAGCUGGUAACCAGGACAGCAGGUUUCAAAGUAAGCCUUUUCUGUUGACUGAAUAUUUACUGACUCACUGAAUGAGAUUUUUCUUCAGUUUCUCUCUGUUCUUUAUUUUUAAAUCAUCUAGACUCCAUAAUCUAAUGAUCUUUUUGUGCAGAAAUAUCACAUCUGAUGUGUUGGAUUCGAUACAGCCUUUUGCUAUUGAGUCAAAACAGUGUUAUUGCAGAGUAUCUAUAAUGAUAUAGCUAAUUUUUUCAAUCUAUAUUCUCUUAAAUAAGUUCUAUUGUCUUAUGUCUAAGAAUCUAGAUGCAAAAUUAUAGCAGGGGAUUUUAAAAAAUUCAUGGUGUUGUUCUUCAACAAUAUGAGAAUUAAAACUGUAUCUAAGCUGCACACAAAGUGAAGAAUACAGACAGCAGUAUUAGUAUAGAUUUCUCCAAGUUGGUGGCCUUCAGUGCAAUCACAGAGAAAUAAAGAAAAGUUGACCACCUGCUCAAAACCCUACCCCCUUUUUAUUUGCAUUGUGAUAUACAUAAAAAUUAGAAAUCAGAGCUACAUUCUUGAUUUUUUGAUUCUUCUUUUACUAACAUCCCUGGUAUCCUUCAUGCAUGUUGCAUUCUUCUGUGUUAUUGAAAGAGCUCUGGAACUUGCAAUUCAAUCAAGUUGGGUUAGAUAUGUUAGUACUCUAAUCAUGGAAUCUAAUAGAAACUUCAAUCCAUAUUAACUUUUGAUUGCCAUUUUAACUUUUAUUUAUUUGGCCAACUUGAUCUUGCUUUUGAGAUUUUGGAAACAAUCCAUAUUGAUAGAUGCUGCUAUUUUACUAUUUUACUAUCUCUUAGACCAUGGAGUAUCUGCUUAUAAGCGUUUAUCAUCCAAAAGGCAUUUUCUUCUUAGAAUGCAUGAGCAUUACAAUAACAAUACAUUUCUAAAUCCUCAUUUUGGAGUAGUAUAACGUACUAAGUUAUCUUUGUGAUAUAAUACAUAGCUCAUAUUUAUAUUACAUUGGUAAACUGCUGGCCUUUCUUUCUUCACGGACAACCUUGGGAAUUAGAAUAUGUGAAUAGAUUUUAAAGUCUAUAAUUAGAACUUUUCAGAAUUGAAAAUAUUUUGGAAAAAAUACUUUUCUAAAAAGGUUUUCCACUAUCAAGCCUGCUCUCUUUAAUUUUGGUUCUGUGAGUCAUAAUAUAAAUUAAAAGGGAUUUUUUCAGCAUAGUCAGGAUAUUAAUAAAAUAAAUUUGAAGCAUAAAUGUGUGACUAAAAACCAAAUAAGUUUAAAGUAUUAAUUACAUUUAGGGUACUAUUUUUCAACAUUCACAAGUGUAUUUAUUAACCUCUUGACAUUAACUGAGAUAGAUUUCCCCACUGUUGGCACUUUAAAAAUGCAGUUUGUCAUUUGGUUCUGAAACUUAAUUCACUUUAAAAAGAGACAUGGUAUAACAUUGACCUAGCUCAGGGGUAGGCAACCUUGGCUCUUUUAUGACUCGUGGAUUUCAACUCUCAGAAUUCCUGAGUCAGCUACCCCUGAGCUAGCUAGAAAAAAGAGCAUAAACAUAUAAAAAUGAUACCAUAUUGACAAGCACGUGCAACCUCAUCCAACGAUGAACUUUUUACAAAUUCUAAUUAAAGGAUACAAUGAAGAUAUGAGUGUAGCAAAUUGUUAUUUAAACAUAAAGGCAUUGAUGAGAUUGCUCUUUUAAUGUUUGCAAAGAACAGUCUUUUUAGAAGUAUAUUUCCCAUGAAUAUGAUUUGUACAUAUUUUUAGGGUGGCAUAAUUUUUUUAAAUGUAUAAAUCUGUAUACAUUUUAACUCAGAUGUAUAAAGAUUUAUAAAUGUAUUGCGGUAUUUAUAUAGAUGAACCCCAAUCACCAAGAAUUUGCUGAUGUAGUGUGCUGCUUUGCUUAAGAAGUAGUUUGUGCAUCGUACUACCUAGUUCUGUGGAUUCCUAUUCAUAACUAAUAGUUUGAAUGUUUAGCUACUACAAGGUAGGUAUCCCUGAAAAUGCAGCCACUAUGUACUUGAGAAAGUAUAUGCAGAAACACUUAUAUGCUUAUCAUUACAGCUUUCUUGUUACUGUAAAAUGACUAGAAUCUCUUGCUAGCUUCCCCAUUUAUAAGUUUUCUAGAAGUGAAUUUUUGUACGUCAGAUUUAAUGACUAUGACAAAAAACAGCAUACUGUUGCUAAGACUGUUUCUAUCCACAAAUUGCUAAUUAAAACAAUGUGUUUGUUUCUUUAAA